AUCUUGUCCCGAUCUUAAUCGCGCCAAUUAUCGAUUACUCGAUUACACUAAUUUGAAUGAUCGUAUCGAUACCCGUUGCUCAUGAACAAUAUCGUUCGAUAGGAUUCACACGGCUAAAAAACCACGAAACGAUUACUUACCUGUCGUGCACACAUGCGAACAUGAAAUUAGUAAUAAAAUUCCUAUAUUGACAGUUUGACAGAUGUAAACAAUUUUAACCAUUUCUGAUUUGCAUAUCGAAAAUCGUUUUUUUUUUUGAGAUACUCAUUUCUUGCUUCGUUCAAUUCAGUCAACGGCGCUGGAAAAAGUUUUUACAUACUCUUGUAAUAAUGUUUAUUUAUAACAUAAGAGCAUACUUAAAUAUAUCUAUCGAUGUCGUAAAAUUUCUUCUCAAACUGUCUGACUUUGAAAGUGGUAAUUGGAAACCGGUGGCUAUUAUCAUUUAACAAGAAAACGAUCCUAUGAUAGUGGAAUCCAUCUUCUCGUGCUGUAAUUUACUUCUAACAUGUGGAUCGUCCAUUUACGUCCUGACCAAACAUUCGUACGCUCAAUAUUCGAAAUUGAUGAUGCACAUCACGUGUGCCUGCACCGGUAUCGCGAUCAUCGGUUCACGAUCCUUAAUCGUCCUCGUGUACAAGCUCUUCGUCAAGGAAUACAGUAAGCUAAUUUGGUCAUUUUUAAUUACGGUGAAAACUGUAAUUGAAUUAUCGUCCUCUCCAGUGAUCGACCCGACUUUAAUGGAGAUAGAGGAGGAGAAGAACAUGGGUAGAUUGAACGUCCUAAACGAGAUUCUUGGGAUAUUGAGCAUGGGCGGAUUAAUUUAUUCCCUAUACUCUUGUCACGGAUACUACAUCCUUGGCAUCUGCGUUGUCACCGGUUUAUCGAUUUUAGAUAUAGUCAAAUUGUACAGAAUGAACGCCGAAGUACCAGAGAAAAUUGAGAAAAUACGCUUCCACGAUUCUCCGUUUCAUUCGAGCAACCCGUACGAUUCGAAAUACAACGUACUAAUUUGGGCGAUAGUCAGUGGAUAUUUUGCAUACUUGGUAGGUAACAACUACGCGAUGGUAGCUAAUUACCCGUUGGUUUUGACGAACUGGGCGAUGGCACCUGAAGGCUUCUAUCAGGGUUGGACUAUACGACGAACCAUCAACGAUUACCUAAUGGCUACUUAUAUUAUGUGCAUGACCGAAGCGAUUCGGCAAGCCAGUGUAUCUUAAUAUUUCCAUAUUUAUAUAAUAUAGUGUUUCUCUUCAAUUCAAUUUACUCUUUAGAAUCUUUUUACGACAAUCAUUAUUCGACUCAUAAAAUAAUUUUAAA